CAAGAGCCCGCAAAAAAGCCAAGAGAAAAAUCAAUCGCAUAGCAACACAAUUCAACAAAAAUGUUCACAGUGCAACAAAGGUUGGCCCUUUUGGCAUUCCUCAGCAGCAGCUGCUGCUUGCUGCUCACUUCAGCGGCAAGCUCAAAUUUUCCCGCCGACAUACCGCGUUGUCGUGUUGCUGACACAGACUGCAUAACGCGCACAACAAUAAAUCUGGUGCGUCAGUACGCGCGCACCGGUUACCCGGCUGCGGGAUUUCCAACCGUUGAACCCUUCCUCAUUAAACGCUUUGAUAUUUCGGAUGGCCGCACUGGCUCAUUGAAUUUGAAAUUAAAUUUCCGUGAUGUGAAUGUUGAAGGAUUGUCCGGCGUACAGGUUGAUCGUACUGUCGGCUUUGAACGUGAUCCAGCCACAAGUAAAUUUGAAUUUUACGGCUUAUUACCAAAAAUUAUUCUACGCGGUAAAUAUGUGGCCGAUGGUCGUAUACUUAUUCUGCCCAUCAGAGGCGAUGGUGACGCUGAUAUUUUGCUGCAAAAUUCCAAAUUCUCAAUCAAAUUUAAGCCCGCCCUUCAUCCUAAAGAUGGCAAAACAUACUUGAGCGUGGACAAGCUGAAAGUCUUAGUAGAACCCGAAAAAAUGAGCAUCAAAAUGACCAACCUCUUCAAUGGUGACCCAGCACUCGGCGGUAAUUUGAAUGAGUUCUUAAACCAAAAUUGGCGGGAUGUUUGGAAUGAACUUCAACCCUCCAUUCAUGUGGCUAUUGCUGAAGUAAUCAAGAGUGUUCUGCAAACACUCUUCAAGCGUUUCGCAUAUGAGGAUUUGUAUGCGGACGAUUGAUUGGAUGAAUUAAUGGUUAGAAAUCGACACUUAUGUUGGUCAAUGAAUAACACACUGUCUGAAUAAAUUCUCAUGCUGUAUUUUAAAUUCAGUUUUACUAUUAAUUAUGUAGGUUAAUUUAUUUACAUUAUAAAUGGUAUUCGCUUUUAGCAUUUUUAUACAUACAUGUGUUUGUGAUGUUACAGCAAAAGUAAAGUUUUUUCUGUCGAAUUUUGUGUGGUCGAACUCGCUGUUAACAUUGUCUGGUUUUUGGACAAAUUGUUUGUGUAUUGUUUUAUUUGAUAAAUUUUAUAAAAAACUAUAUUGUGUGAUUUUGUUCCGGUGUUGCUGAGAUACAUGUAUGUGUAUAUAUACAA